CAGCAAGGGCACUAAUCCGGUAACACGUUACGGCGCGUGCGUCGGAUGCUGAGAGUUUGCGGCGAACUUCCCGAGACUUUCUUACCCGUUGAAAGAGCGUGUUUUGCCGGUGCGGGACGUCCAACAUCCCAUCGUCAACCCCACUGCGAAGUCCGUGCAUCUUCUUUGUGUGUUCCGUCAAUUAAAUUCGAAUUAAGUAUUUGGAUUGGAAGAAGUUUACUUCAUUGUUUCUCCAUUCAUUUUGCCCAUAGUUGUAUAUUUUGAUAGAAAAAGAAAACUAAUCUGUUUAGGUUCGAUUCUACGAGGACAAGUUGUGGAAAUCUUCAAUAGCAACUGAAAUGUAAAUGUUCAUCAUAAGACAUCAUUACUAUAGAAAGUAUUAUCGUUAAAAGUAUCAACUGAAAAAAUUUUUAGAUCAUUUUUUUAUGAAAAUCGUGCACAAUACUUGAAUCGAGGAAUUUUCCUUCUCAUAAAACAGCCGGAAGUACCAGUGAAAGCAAGAAAAUUUUCUUCUGAAUGAAAUUGGUAUGAUUCCUGUGAUAUUUUGACAGAAUAUUCACACAGCACCAUACUUUCUGUUAUUUGGUCGAUGUUUUGAAAGUGAGACCAUCCAUUUUAAAAGUGACUUCCAAUCCGCAAUCGAUGAGAGGUGACUUGAGACCCAGUAUGAUGCCAAUGGCUCCAGCAGCCAUUUUAUCUCCACACAGAACUACAUCCAAUCCAUCUAAACCUAAAUUAGGUUUCUCGAUCGAGUCCAUAGUUGGUCUGGAAACCAAAAGCACUAGUAAAAGGUCUCCAAGUCCAGAAGAUGACCGGUGCUCAGAUGGCGAAAUCACCACCAUCACUCCUCCACCAGCUCAUACCCAACAAAAACUGUCAACCACUUCAAGUUCGCCCUACUACAGGACACCAGUGGAAGACAUCUACAGUGGUUAUGGCCAAUAUGGACCUCAGAGGGUUUUGCCUACAAGGACAUCAGAUUAUACUCAUAGAGGAGAUUUGGUAGCGCCUCAUGCUACUAGUAGUCCUUUAACAUAUCCAUCUGUGAUGUCCCAUUAUGGACCUGCAUUACCAUUAGGACAUUGUCCAGGACAGUAUCCUCUGACAUCCUAUCUGGUCAAUAGGGACUAUUCUUCGUAUCCUUGGUUGAUGGCAAGGCAACCUAGGAUCCUGCCCUACAGGCCGCAAGGUCCCCAGAGCGCAAGUUUCAUCCUGCACCAGUUCCGCAAGCCGAAGCGGAUCAGGACCGCUUUCUCGCCCUCGCAGCUGCUGACGCUGGAACACGCCUUCGAGAAGAACCACUACGUCGUCGGCACAGAAAGAAAGCAACUUGCCCAGUCCCUCAACCUCACCGAAACUCAGGUGAAGGUAUGGUUUCAAAAUAGACGAACUAAGCACAAAAGACAAAAGCAGGAAGAAGAGCAACAAUCCAGGCCUUCUGAUGGACAGUCCAGCGGCAAAGGAGAAUCGAACGAUGACCAUCCAUCCUCAGUGUCUCCUGUUAUAGAAGAAUCAGAUGAAUCCAUGUGCGAAGACGAAGACGAGUGUGACGAAUCCGCAUACGAUGAAGCGAAUGACCAACAUACGUGAUAGGCACAAAUCGUCAUAAGGUAUCCUCAAAUUGUGUCUGCUAUACAGUAAUGUCGAUCUUUUGGAUGAUGGACGCCAAAGAGUCGCAUGACGAUUUGUUGCAGAAUUCUUGUCAAUUCAUCCCUGCAUUUCCCAUUGCAAGCAUUGUUUAUUUUUCAUCAUGAAAUAGUUAUUAUUCGCUUUCAUUGUUGUGCGUAAAAGCACAUCUUCGCAGUUUUGGGACAAAACGUAGCAAAGUGUUUUUGGCAAACACAAGUUGCUCCCUGAAUUUGAUAACCAAUAUUGCAUAUCCAGAAAUAUGAACUAAAGUAUCUGAAAGCAUUCACUGGAGAUGGAAUAAAAAUGUUUUUAGAAUGGAAAGAUCUGAGAACAAUGUUUAAAAAUUGAAACGCAAUUUUAAAAAGAUGUGGGAUGAAAAGUUAUACAGUUUCUGAGUGUGAUUGAAAAAUUGUUUAUUAUAGUCGCCUCUGUUUUGUAAGUCUCUGCAUAGCGAAAGUUAUUAAAAAGGAAUAUUCGAAUAAAGUUUAUUUAUGCAUAAAUGAGCUUUGUUACUAAUAAAAUUUCCCAUUUCAGUUUAAUUUAUUCAAAAAUCUAAAUUUACGUUCCUUUCAUUCAAAUUGUUUGAAAUAAAUCAGACUUGAAUUCCAAAUUUUAUUGAACUUUCGAAUUAAUUAUUUGACCUCUAAAAAACAAAUGAAUAAAUCUUCAGCCGUUGAAAAAAAAAAUCACAAAAUAUAUUUUUUCCCCAAAAUUAUAAUUCGAAUAAGUAAAAUAUAAAAAAAUAAAAUAAUCAGAACAGUCAGAAAAUAAAUUUAAUAAGAACAAUAAAUAUUAUUCCAUGAUGAAUUUCAAUUUCAUGAACUUUUGAAUUUCAAAAUCUUACGUUGUAUGGUAGAAAUAUUUUCAAACCAAAUAAAUAUUUUUUGCCAAAUAUGGUAACUAUUUAAAAAAUGAGUUGCAAUUUUUGGAACUUAAAUUUCGCAGUCAUUGAAAUCAAUAUAUGUAACAGCGAAUUAAAAAGUUUUUAGAUAUUUAUUAUACUACGUCUUAUUAGAAAAAAGUGUUUAAUUUUUUGCAUCAUUUGAUGAAAAUAUUUAUUUACAUUUUUUAAAGAUCGUUUUCAUCUGAUAAAAAAGUGAUAGGCGAUGGUUGUCACAAAUUUGACUUUAAUAUUGGUAACAUGAAAAAAAAAAAAAAAAAGAUGAAUCGACUACCUCAUUGUACUAACUAAUUAUCGGACGAUUGUAGAUAUCAUUGAAAUAUCAAUAUAAAAGGAUAUCUGUACAUAUUUUUAUGAAAAAACGAAAAAACUUCAUUGAAUAACUGUUAUCCAAAUCUGUUCUUUGCUAAAAAGCAGAACAACUCCAGUUAAAUAAGGCUUUGUUUUUAGCACAGAGCUUAAUCGUUUUUGCAGUUAAAAUGAAUGAUUUUCCAAUAUUUUCACAAUUUCGCAGUGAUUAUAGUGUACCAAAACAAAAUAGUUGGUAACACUUCUGAUAGAGUGUUAGAUGCCACCUGAAUGACGAAUGUCAUGGACUAUCAUUUUAUGAACUAAUCGAUGGUUAGAUAACUCUGAGUAAUUACUUUAUGCCGUGUACAGCACACUUUUGCAGCUGAUUGUACAUUUUCUGUGGUAAUGCUGAUAAUAAAAAUAUAUGAAUUGCCA